AAAAUGGCACGAGUGGUGGCGCUACGUUUUCGACCGUUCGGACCGUGUGUGUGUGCGGCCGUGUCUUGCCAGCCGUCGUGUUAAUCCUUUAAUCGGGCCGUCGUACCACGCUCAUAAAUUUUGGUGCAACCUGCGCGCACACUUGGGUCGCGGGUUUUUUUCUGGAGGGGUCGACCCCUUUCCCUUUCCCCCGCCGUUCGAGCGACGGCACGAUAUCAGAGAGCCGUAUCAUCGGGCAGUGGCGGCCGGGCGCAAUAAAGUGGGGAACGGCCCCCAAAAUCGAAAGGGAACGGAAAUCGCAACGCGGCGGCCUGUAACCCAGUUCAGCUCCCUACUGCUGUCGUCGUCGCCGCCGUUUCUUUCACCAUCGUCGUCGGGCUGCCCACGUGCGGGGUGGGGGCUGUAGUAGCAUAACGAGCGCAUAACGGGAAAGUGCAGUGCCAUAUCGUAGCAGUCGCUGACCGAGCAGUUGUGUCGUUGUGUUGCUCUGAAAGUGUGUGCUGUGCGUGGUGUGUGUGUGUGUGUGUGGCUCCUCCAAAACCCCUUUAGUUUUGGCGGUGGCACGCAGAGGUGGCGUAAUUUACGCAAUAAUACAAAGUGUCAAACAGAGCAGAAGUCGUUGUUGUGCAUCCUUGCUGGAAGAGUGUGUGUGUGUGCGUGUGAGAGUGAGUGUGUAUCGGGCAAGCCAUGUCCUUCGGUGGCAGUGCCGUGCCGAGGUGGUGGUAGAAAAAGCACCCUACAGCCUAAAACAAGAAAGGGCCAAGCGCGAGGGUUCGGUGGAAGGUUGGCCUCGUUUCCGCUACCCAGCGCCAAUCAAUCCAAUCCAUCCGACCGCCUCCCAUCGGUUCUCCCAUCCAUCCAUAGCGGUCUUUCCAGAGCGGGAAACGGGGAGGGAUAGUGCUUCAUUCGUGCGAGUGUGAGUGUGUGUGUGAGAGAGAGAGAGGGAGCGAGAGAGAGAGAGAGAGAGAGAGUAGGAAGAAAAAUGGGUCAAGCUGCGAGCCAGGAGGAUGCGGAACAGGGUGGCGGCCAGGCCGGCGGCGGCGAGGAGGAGGAGGACGACGAUGGAGGCAUCAUCCCGAUGCGCUCGGAUCGCUUCCUAGUGACGGACAGUGAAAUUGCGUGCGAGGAGGCGGCACGAUUGACGGCCGACACACAGGAAUAUACAUCGCCGGACGAUGACGAUGGAGGGUGCGAGUACCACGACAUGCCGCCCCCACCGGACGGCGGAUACGGCUGGGUGAUCGUAUUCGCCUCGUUUAUGUGCAACAUGAUCGUGGACGGCAUCGCGUACACGUUCGGCGUGUUCCUGAACGAGUUCGUGGUGUACUUCGGCGAGGGCAAGGGUACGGUGGCCUGGGUGGGCAGCUUGCUCAGCGGUAUGUACCUGAGCGCCGGUCCGGUUGUGUCCGCGCUGGCCAACAAGUACGGCUGCCGGGCGGUGUGUAUCGCGGGCAGCAUCAUCUCCUGCGCGGCGUUUGCGCUCAGCACGCUCAGCACCUCCGUGACGAUGCUGAUGCUCACGUACGGCGUGAUGGGUGGCAUCGGGUUCGGGCUGAUCUAUCUGCCCGCGGUCGUGGCCGUCGGGUACUACUUCGAAACGAAGCGCUCGCUCGCGACCGGCAUCGCCGUGUGCGGGUCCGGGUUCGGCACGUUCGCGUUCGCACCGCUCGCAAACAUGCUGCUGGAAAACUUUGACUGGAAAAACUCCAACCUCAUCCUGGCCGGGCUGAUACUGAACUGUGCCGUGUUUGGGGCGAUGAUGCGGCCGCUCACCUACCCGAAGGAGGACAAGGUGAAACCGCUGAUGCAGCGCAUGUACGAGGAAAAGCGGCUGCAGAUGGAGCGCGGCUCGAUCGGUGGGUCGUACUUUAUGGUUCAGCUGCCGGACGGCACGAUGGAGAAAAGACUGAAGGCGCCGCUGAACGCGGACCCGGGCGUACACUCGAGCCUGGCGCUGGACCAGCUGGCCGCCCAGCAGGGCGGCAUGCAUCCGGUGGCGACCCUGCCCACCAUUUCCGAGUUUAAGGCGCAGGAGCAGAACGGUAGCAGCGGCUCGUCGUCCGAGUCGAGCCAGAUCGAGAUGAAGAAACCGCUGAACAAGAAGCGCAACACCAACUCGGAGUCCGAUGCCGCCGACUACGGGGCGGACAAUAUGCCCCGCAACGCCUCACAGCCUGCCUUUACCAGCCAUCAGUCGGGCAUGCCGAAGAAUGGUUCCGUACCGACGUUCGAUCGCGUCCGCAAACACUCGACCGGGGAGCGGUUCAAACCGUCGCUCGCCGCCAUCAAGGCUAGCUCGCGGGGCGAUGUUGGUAGCAACGGUGACGUACGUAAAUCCAUGCAUCUCAGACUCUCGCGCGGCUCAGUCAAUGGCAGCAAAAAUAAUAACGCUGAAGAAUUCGAUGAUGGCAGCAUGUUUACCUCAAAAGCCUCACUGAAGGCGGACCGGCCAGUAAUGGUGCGUCCGCUGUCACGUAAGGACAUCUUCUACUCCGGCUCCGUCACGAACCUGAAAGAGUUCCAGUCGCAAAAGUCGCUAACGAACUAUCGCAAUUCCGUCGUUUCGCUGACCAAGUUCGAGAAGGAGCACCGGAACGAUGUGCGGGACGAUGUGGAGAAGGGGCGGGAAGAGCAGUACGAUCUUUGCCCGUGCCUGGCGCUGCCGGAAUCGUUCAAGAAUGCGAUCGGUGCCAUGAUGGAUGUGAGCUUGCUGCGCGAUCCCGUCUUUAUGAUGAUUGGCGUAUCGAACAUCUUCGGCAUGGCCGGUCUGUACGUCCCCUUCGUGUACCUGGUCGAUGCGGCUGUUCUGGAUGGAAUUGAACAAAACUCUGCCUCCUUCCUUAUCUCGAUCAUUGGUAUUACGAACACGGUGGGCCGUAUCGUGUGCGGUUACGUUGCUGACUUCCCGCAAGUGGACGCCCUGUUUCUGAACAACAUCUGUCUAGUCAUCUCCACCGUAGCGGUCGCACUGACGCCUUUCUGCCACACUUACGCCGCGUACGUGGCGAUGGCGAUCGCGUUCGGCAUUGCUAUCGCUGGCUACAUUUCACUGACGUCAAUUAUUCUGGUCGAUCUGCUCGGGCUGGACAAGCUUACGAAUGCGUUCGGUUUGCUGAUUCUGUUCCGUGGUGCCGCCACGAUCGUCGGCUCACCGCUGGCCGGAGCCCUGUACGAUGCCACCCAGUCCUACUCCAUACCGUUCUUCGUUGCCGGCGGUCUGUUUGCCCUGUCGGCCAUAACCAGCUUUGCGGCACCCGCCAUGAAGAGAUUCCGCAAGCCUUCGGAAGCACCCGUGCACGUCGAGGUGCUGACGCCGAUCGACGAGGAACCGUCCGAAGAUUUGGCGGACGAUGAUCAACCGAUCACGAUGGUACCAAAGAUCAUUCAAACCGCCCCCAGCCCGUCCACGGAGCAGCCCGUCACGUCGAAUAUCACCUCCACGACCACCAUCAAUGACGAUCGCAAGCAGCCGCAGUCGAACGGUAGCGCAAAGGACACGGACAAGGAAGUGAGCCAGAUGGAGUCCGUUCUGUAACCUGGACCGGUUUCCGGCAAAGGACACAGCGAAAGGGGCGAAUGUUGCAGGUUGGAACAAACAGAGCGCGCGAUGAAGACUGCCAGUGGUUGGGCGACGAUAGUAUCCCCGAUAAGGAUCAUAUUUACCAUUCGUCGGUAGUCGGUACGCUGACUCACCCUCAGCCAGUUGCUUCACCUGCUUACACCAAAAGCAACCGUGGGCAUCGAGCGUCGUGCAGAUGACGGUGGGACGGGAAAGAGCGAGUGUUUUAGGCGAAGAGUGUAACCGUUAUCAGCUCCAAUGUUUCAACUAGCUAGUGUGUUAGGCUUAUCUAGUUAUAUCGUAUCGUGGAAAGAUUUGUUUUGAUUAUGUUAUUUUUAAUUGAAACAAAACGAGUUUUUAUCGCAACGUGGAAGUGUGAAGCAAAAAAACAAAAAAAAAAAGAAGGCAGAGUUAGAACGCAACAGAACGGAAUUUGCAGUGCAAAGAAAAGCAUGGUGUAAAAACACGACAAGAAAAAGCGAGAGAGAGAGAGAGAAACGUGAAAUACUAGGUAUGAUAGGAACAUAAUCGAGAACAAAGCAAGAAAAAGAAAACAUACAAAAAACAAAGAUGAAACCUUUAGUGUCAUAGUAAGUAGAGAACGAAAGAAGCGAAUGAAUGUGUUAGAAUGUGUGCGUCGUGUGCAAAGCAUAUAUAGGUGUAACAAAAACAAAAGAGGAAAAAACGCGACAAAGAGCCACAUGUGUUAGUGGUAUGACGCCAGUAGGACGGCCGUAUGACUAUUUUAUUUUCCCGUUGUUUAAACGUUUGUUUUAUUAUUCCCUUCCCUCCCUCCCCCUACAAACUUACCCCACCCCACUCUUCACUUUAUUAGUUAAACAUUCGGUAGACAGCAUGGUUGUUUUUGUUACGCGCGCAAGCCACUACGAUCAGUGCGUGCGUGUGAGUGUUUGCGCGAUCGUCGUACUUAGUUCUCAGUUAGGAUCUGUUCUUUUAAGAUUUCAAAGUCAUAUCCAAGCCAUUUUGCUUAAUGCUGUAAACAAACCAUCCGGUACUCAGUACUUAGGCGUUUGUACGUACGCUUGAAGAAGCGUAGAUAAAUGGUAAUAGCUCAUAUAUACACACCCACACACGCAAGCCGAUGUUGAACAAAUCCACUACCACACUUUGCUUUUCCCAGUUAGUGGAAAGCCCGCUAAAACCGUUAGCAGCAGGUACGCCGGUAGGUAGUGUACGCUUAGGGGAAGUUUAAGGAAGACGAACGCCAGCCAACCUCUAUUUACUAAUGAAGCUCACCAUACAUCAUACACCAUACAAACAUGCAGAGAGAGAAAGAGAUAUGUUGUAGAUGACAGGAGUGUGGGCACAGGCACAAUGGAAAGGGAAAAAGAUGGAGAGUAAACUAAGAGAUUGUACUAGGAUGAGGAAAAUGCAAGUAAAAUGGAAACGCCAGCCAGCCAGCCACAACUCCUAACAAAGUCCUAAUGAGGUGUAGCGUUGCAAAAUGUGUAAUAAAACAAAAAGCAUACAAAAAAAACAACCCUCACACAUAUACGAAAGAGUAUUAGCUUCUUAUGAGUUGUACAUACAUAGGGAUGAACGGAAAUGGUGGAAAGAAUCGUAGCAUCUCGCGCUCAGUGGUGGUGUGCCGCCCGGGUGUUUUACGUUUAAGUCUAGUCGUAACAGGGCGCAAUGCUGAGUCCUGCCUGUUGUUGCGUACGAUACGGUGGCCAUAUUAGCUUACACAAGGCUGCAGGGAGAAGGGAAAAGGGGGAAGAAGGCUAGCACGCUAGCAUAUAUUAGACGAAAGAAGGAGAGGAAAAAAAAACAAAAGAGCAAACAAACUAUACAUACGCAUUGUGUACUCUAGGAAUCAAUAACAAGGAGACUUACAAAUCGAAGGUGAAUGUACGCACUAGUGGUGAAAAUGGAAAGAGUGGGCCAACCGAACCAGUUGUUGUAGGCUGAUAUACACAUCUAGUAGAACCAAUGGUUGCUUAGCUGCUAACAAAAAGGAAGGCAUGCAUCCUUUCCUCAAUAAAGCCGGUUUCUUUUCUCUCUUUCUCUCUCUCUCAAACAUACACACACACACACACACACACUAUACUAUUAUGUACUGCAACACUCCAUCACACGUAACCGCCGGCCGAUACAUAAAAAAACGAGCUUUUGCUUCACCAACAAAUCGAGCAGUUGCAUUCUAUAUAUACACAAACACAAAGGGAAAACCCCCCGAACGCUAACCAGCGUGGCACGGCUAGAAUGAGGAAGGGAUAUGUUUUGUUUAUUGUGGUGCGCUUAGAGCCGAAGGAAAGAUCCCGAUGGUUAAAUGGGGUUUGAGCAGCAAUCUUUUGAGUGAUCGUGAUCGUGGAAAUCAAAUCAGCGGGAGCGUUUUAAACUUUUUUGACUAUUUCUUUUUUUUACUUAUCACCACUAGAACUAAGACCUAUGGUUAAGGAAAAAACUCUUUCGCGGGCACGCUAGCACUGAAUGAAACGUGCGAUCAUAUGUGCGUCAAUAUCUUCUUUUAUUGGGAGCUUUCUCCUGUUGAAAAUAACGAAACAACAGUGUGGGUGUGCCACUGUUUAAGCUAGAGUUACAUAUUUUAACAUAAUCUUCACUGCAAAUCGUUCAAACUGUGGUAUUGAGGGCUUCGAUUCAUCUUUAAAUCUUGUAACAAUUCCCACGAUUAAAUGGUUUUCAACGUUUCAAACAAAAAUCGUUAACACUUCAAAACUUGAAACAUAUCAGAGUAAUAACAUGGUUGGUAAAAUGCUCACACAUCAUUUUGGAAGGGGUGUUUACACCAAACAGUGAGGAUGUCAUUUUUGUACGCCCUAGUAAUGGGUUUUCUCUAGCCAUUUUUUACAAUUGAUAAGUAUGUAACGUUAAAGUGAUCCUACUCCCCAGAUCACUUUUACCCGCUUGGCGUGUGGUAGCAGCGACAGUAAGCAUACUGUUUCGAUUCGGUUUUGUAUGUUUUAUCAAAUUGUUUCAAAAAUAAGCAAAAAGACUUUUCCAUUUUCUCGCCGUCGCAAAAGAUUGAUGCUCAAACCGAACAUACCGAACAGCCUGAAGCAUGAGAUCAGUCGACUUAUUCUCUGUCGUUCGAUAGUAAAUUACAAGCCUAUUUUCCUCGCCGAGGCUUUACCGGGGAAGCCAGUAGAAGUAUGGGGGCGGGGAAGUAACACAACAAAACAAACAAAACAGUGUUAACUAAAAGGAUAUAAAGGAAGGAGGACACAUUACUGUGUCUGCCAGGUGUUAUGGUAUGCCAUGACGAACGCAGGAGAACAGACAAACAAUGUUAUUUGAAAUAAAGUUGAUUAUAAAUGCAAAUGCCAAGCGGUCAAAA